UCCAACCUCAAAUCGGGCAAAUCUGUGAAAUCACGUAAAAAUGCCGCUAAUACUAACAGACAAUAAAUCAUUUGAAGAAAUAAUUAAGAACUCAAGUUUGUCUGCAAUACACUUUUCUGCGGAUUGGGCUGAACAAUGCGCUCAGAUAAACGAACUAUUCGACACUCUAUCCCAAAAUAAAAACUUUUCCAAUGUUAAGUUUGCCGUUUGUCCUGCCGAAGAACUGUCUGAGAUUUCCUUGGAGCACAAAAUUGAGGCUGUUCCGACAGUUUUGUUGUUCCGAUCUUCCAAAGAAAUUGCAAGGAUUAACGGUGUAGAUGUGGGUAAAAUUACUGAUACAAUAGAGAAAAACCUCACCGGCGGCGGCGAUAAUAAGGUUUUACCUCUGGAAGAUCGCCUAAAAGCCCUUAUAAACAAAUCUAAGGUUAUGUUGUUUAUGAAGGGGGAUCGUAAUACUCCUCGGUGUGGAUUCAGCAGACAAACAAUUGAAAUUCUGAAAAGUACAGGAGCUGAAUAUGAAACUUUCGAUAUUUUAACUGAUGAAGAAGUGAGGCAAGGUUUAAAGACUUACUCUGAUUGGCCAACUUAUCCCCAACUUUACGUGAACGGCGAUUUGAUUGGCGGUUUGGAUAUUAUCAAAGAAAUGGUACAAUCGGGUGAUUUAACAUCGACCCUCAAUUCAUAAUUCUGUAGUGUAUUUUGGCAAUUAAUAAAUAAGUAAUUUAUGAUAA